ACAGAACGCCGACGAACAGACGCUGGAGUCUGAGGAAAAACUGACCCACUGCUACCAGCCAUGGGGGUGGAUUACUAUGCUGUGCUCCAGGUCAAUCGAAACUCAGAGGAUGCCCAGAUCAAGAAGGCAUACCGGAAGCUUGCCCUGAAGAACCACCCAUUAAAGUCAAAUGAGCCGACUGCACCAGAAAUAUUCAGGCAAAUAGCAGAAGCCUACGACGUGCUGAGCGACCCAGUGAAACGAGGCAUCUAUGACAAGUUUGGCGAGGAGGGCCUGAAGGGUGGGAUUCCGCUGGAGUUUGGAUCCCAGACCCCAUGGACAACGGGCUACGUCUUCCACGGCAACCCUGAGAAAGUGUUCCACGAGUUUUUUGGAGGAGACAACCCCUUCAGUGAAUUUUUUGAUGCAGAAGGAAAUGAUAUAGAUUUGAAUUUUGGGGGGCUUCGGGGCCGAGGGGUCCAGAAACAAGACCCUCCAAUUGAACGAGACCUCUAUUUGUCCCUGGAGGACUUAUUCUUUGGCUGCACCAAAAAAAUUAAGAUCUCCCGAAGGGUGCUAAAUGAAGAUGGGUAUUCCUCUACCAUCAAGGACAAGAUCCUGACCAUCGAUGUGAGGCCGGGGUGGAGGCAGGGCACGCGCAUCACCUUUGAGAAGGAAGGGGACCAGGGCCCCAACAUUAUCCCGGCCGAUAUUAUCUUCAUCGUAAAGGAGAAGCUGCACCCUCGCUUCCGCCGGGAGCAAGACAACCUCUUCUUUGUGUACCCCAUUCCUUUGGGCAAGGCCCUUACCUGCUGCACUGUGGAGGUGAAGACCCUUGAUGACCGGCUGCUCAACAUCCCCAUCAACGACAUUGUCCACCCCAAGUACUUCAAGAUGGUGCCAGGUGAGGGGAUGCCGCUGCCUGAGGACCCCACCAAGAAGGGAGACCUCUUCAUCUUCUUCGACAUCCAGUUCCCCACCCGUCUCACACCCCAGAAGAAGCAGAUGCUGCGCCAGGCACUGCUGACCUAAUUCCGGGGGACCUGAGCAGGAACAGGGAUGGAGAGGGCUAGCUGGGCUGCCCGCUCCUACCCACUCAGCCCCCACAGCCUGUGAAGAUGGGGAAGCACGAGAUCUUAGGCUGACAUAAUAAAGAUUCCUUUCCUAUCCUCUAA